AUGACCAUUUUGAGGUCACUUGGAGUCAUUUCAGUUUUUCUCACGUUAUCCGUUACUGCAAUUGGAUCAUCAUGUACUUUGAGUUGGCAAUGUGGACGAGGGGAAUUUUGUGAUGAAUCAGAAUGUAGACGAGAUGAAUGCUCGUUGAAAGAACAAUGUCAACUUGGCGAAACAUGCAAAUUGGGAAAUGUUGAUGGAGCAGUUCGGAAAGCAUGCUUUUCAACGAAAUAUGAGAAAAUGGAACAGAAAAAUCCUUAUUGCCCGGGUGGUGGAGACACGAUUUCCGUUGAUGGAGGACGACAUUUUGCAUCUUGUGACCUUCUGCAACCGUGCCCCGGUCAAUCUAUAUGCAAUCCACAAUUUGGAGUUUGUUGCACAAAGCUUCGAACGUGUCCAUUGCCGACAAAAGCCAUGAUGAAUAAGAUCACUGGGAAACCGAUUAUGUGUCAGAUUAAGGGUGGCCGCGUGAUGCCAUGUCCAAGUACAGGCUAUUGUGAACAACAGACAGGCUUUUGUUGCAGUCUUGAUGAUGAAAAUGAACCAUUGAUCUCUCGGCCGUCACUACCUGAAAUCCCGACGCGUCCAAUUCUUGGCGAGUUCUGUGUGCCGAGUACGGGUUGUGAGGGAAAUGCGGCUUGUAUCUGUAACAAACAAGGAACUUGCAGAUGUGAUUGUCCAAAAGAAAUCGGUUAUACUCCGGCACCCGAUAUGAAAAGUUGUCGACGAUUGAGAAGAAGGCUUAAGGAGAAAUGCACGAGUGAUCUUGAAUGUUCGGCUGCGUUCUCUGAGUGUGCAACUGGGGGAUGUCGAUGUAAACCCGGUUUUCAACGAGAUGGCGGUGGUGGAUGCAAGCCGAUAAAUUAUCAGUGUGUUGGAAGACAGCAGCCACAAAUGAAAAACGACAAAAUCGUUACGUGUUCACUGCAACAACAGUCGCGCUUCUCGAGGCUGAAGAAAAUCGAGAAUGCGACAGAGAUUGUGGAAGUGGAAAAUGAAAAUAAUGAGAACAAUGAGAACAAUAAUCUGUCACAAGAAGAUCAAAAAUCGAGAGAAGAAGAAGAAAAAUAUGAAGUGAUUGAAGUGUCUCCACAAGAAAACGCGACAAUGUUCGAUGCUCAGCGUGAUGAUUGUCAAAUGGGAUUUUAUUGUGUGCCCGUUUUUGAUGAUCCACAAAAGCCUGGCUUUUAUCAAGGUUUCUGUUGUCCGAAUCCGAUUCCCCGUGAACCGGCUUGUCCCGUCGGAAAAUCACAUUCGAGUAGUCAGAUGCCAACUUUUGGUUGUGCGGAUUGCCCGGAUGAUCACUAUUGUCAUCGAGAUACAGUAUCCACUGAAAAAGAAAUUUGUUGCCCGAAACCGUGUGUUUCAUUGGAAGAUCUUUAUGUCGACGGACAAUGUUAUCCAAUGGCGUACAAUGGGGAUAGUUGCUUCAUUGAUGAUCAAUGUGUGGCUCAACCGAAUAAAAAGGCUGAACAAGAUGCGAGUGAAACGGCUAAAUUGAGAUGCGUGCAGGCAAUUUGUGGAUGCCCGUCUGGGUUCAGUUACACGGAUGGAGAGUGCAAAAGAAUUGAAUGUCGUGUGGGUCUUCGAGGAGAACCGACCGUUGAUCGAUUGGGAAAUUUGAUACGAUGUGCUCGAUCCUCAGAUUGUAGUCAAGGAUCAAUGUGCGAUCCAACAGGGCACGUCUGUUGCAAAGGAAUCAAUCGAUGUCCUGGUGGUCAUAUUGAAACGGGCGAAACGUGUGGAUCGACGACAAAUUGUUCGGGAAUCGAAGAUCUCUGCUACAAAACAACAAAAGGACUUAAGAUUUGUUGUCAAACGGAAAAU